AUGGCCUCAGUUAGCGUUGAACACUCUGCCUUUCCAUCCUCCGCGUCGACUUCCAAGCUCCAGCGUUGGAACGGAUCUCGAGCAAUUGCAAGAGUUCUACGAUGGGACACAACGUGGGCACUCGUCGAAUGCCCCUUCUGCGAGCAGCCUCAUCGGCACGCAAUCAGCUUCUUCCCAAACGGCGAAGAAAACCUACGUCAGCCUAAAUCGAACAGUCCAUACACUUUCCACGGAUUAGAUUCCGACACGAGAUGGUUCGUUGUCGCGCCUUGCCACCACGCUGGGUACACGUACAAGCUCGUCUUUCCCUUCGAAAAGCACGAUGCCGUGAAAACGCUGUCCUGGGAGAUUAGGACGUCAGCUUCACAGGGGACUGACGACUCCCACUUUCAGUGCUUCGAAACGGUUGGUUUCCGGAAGCCCGAAGUUAAUCCAUUGCUACAGCCCGACCAGGCAAGCCAGCGAGAUAGUCUGACCGACCACUUUGAGAACAUUAGCAUCAAAGAUCAGGCUCGAACUUUUGCAGAUGAAAAACGGGACAAUCGCAUGACCCCUAUCCGCACAAGGGACUCACCAGCGUCUAGAGCAAGAGUGAAUGAGAAAGGGGACCGCUGGGGUUGCGUACAUGACUACGUGACUUGCCCUCACUUCAACCACGACCUGCGUAUUGAAGGAACUCUGGGCUGUUCGAGGCUAUCAAUUGAGGUGGCUCAUGGAAAUCGUACCAAUGUUCAAGAUUUACUGAGAAUAGGUGUGGACGUUAAUGCUGGGGACAGCCGAGGCCGCACACCCCUGAUGGAGGCUGCUCUCUGGACUCGCGUCGAACUUGUCGGGUUACUUCUCGCUGCCGGUGCAAGUACCUCACAGAAAGACCGAGACGGGAGGAUCGCCGCCGACUUCGCCGAGGAGAACGAGAGGAACGACGAGGAGAGGGAAUAUCGCCAUGUUGAUUACGCGGAGAAACCGUUCAAGUCAAAGAGCCGUCGACGCCACAUCAGAGCACUCCUUGGAGUUGCGGCUCCUUUAGAUACCGCACUCACCAAGUCUGAUAUCGCCAACUUGUUUCAACCCCGGUUCGUCAAGUCGCCAGACGCCAGAACUGCUCUAUUGAUCAAUCCGAAACGAGGCAUCCCGAUCGCCCGACAGGACCAGACGGUGGGCGUCUUGCUCCGAGGCAGCCCCUUUGAACCAGUCGCCGCCGUUGGCGGUUGGGCCGGCAUCGGCAUCCAGUCCCCGUUACUUGGCGACGGGUACGCUAGGCUCGACUCCAACUACUGGGCGCACAAGACACUGAGCUUUUCAAAGCGGAUCGGGUUCACGUUCGAGGCACAUGAGUUGGAUCCGAGUUCUGCACAAGGCUUGUAUCACGCCAGUCACGUAGAGGCACAGUUGCUCUGCUUCGUCGCGCACAGGCAUCAGUUGUUUGUUGAGGACGUUGAUGACCGUGACAGACAGAUCAGACUCGAGAUUCUGUUUCAUUACCAACAUAUGGAGACGCUCACAAAGGCUGAAAUUGUCAUCAAUCAGAAGCCUUGUCCCAGUUGCAUCUUGUUCAUGCGAUAUUUAGCGAAACGAAUGUGGCUCGAUUUUGUGGUGGUGGUGGCCAAGGAGGUUUUCCUGUCAUGA